AUGGGCCCUACCCCGCUAGAGCACUCUAGCAAUAUCACCUCCGUGAGCACGAGCAGUGGUACUGGCACCUGCGUCAACCCGCAGCCACAAUCGAUCGACGCAAACAAUCCAGACUCCCGCUCGCCGGCAGGGAUACGCAUUCCCGACCCUCUCUCGCUGUCCCCUGCUCAGUCGUCUUCGCCAACAGGCUGCAGCGAACUAAUGGAAGAUCUAAAUUCAGAGUCAACGCGCAAACGUCCUCGGCUUGAUAGCGGCAGCGGUGCCAAUUGCUCGCAUGAUUCCGCGCCCAUGACUACACCUACGACACCGGCCGAAGCUAGUGAAGAUGCAAAGGAGAACCAGCAACGACAGGACCAGGCAGACGACACGAUGACAAGCACCGCAAAGGAGGCGGUAGACGCUGCAGACGGGGAUAAGAUGCAUGGUGGGCCUGGAACCGCUCCCGCAACGGCCUCGGCUGGAAUGCUGAUCACUCCUCCACCUCUAGAUGCGACUCAGAGAUCGGUGAAUGGCAGCCCUGUCGUCCCACCACGCCCGUCAAGUCGGGUUACCAUUAAUAUGAAAUCUCCUACUUCGGAGACAGAACAAACACAGCAGGCCAUACUCACGGACGGAGACGGGGUGUUAUUAACAACAGAUAAGCAAGAUGUUGAAGCUGAGCAAGGCGGUAAACUCGCAUCACGUGAAGUCAACUCUUCACAGCCAGACGUCGUGACUUCCAAUGGGACAGAAAUGAAUAAUGCCCAGGCCAGUAUACCCAUGGAACAGACUACAGUCAUCAUACCUGAUUCGCCUCCUUCGGUUACAAGCGUGGAAAUUGAGGUUGCAGACCCAGAAGAUAUGGACCAGGAUCCGGCCACUUCGAGCUGGAGGCCGUUAGAUGAUGCGUUACGGACCGCCAGAGAGCCAGAGGUUGUCCAGAUCCACGAGGAAAUAUCUCUUGCGGAGGCCUUUCCAAAUUUUAGGACCGCAUAUAAUAUCCGUGAUGCUGUGUUGGAUAUGAAGACUGCCAUGGAGAGAGGAUCUGCCCAUGAUCUCAACGUGUUUGUUGCUUUGAAAACAUGGUUCGAGUUGUGUUGUGAAAAUCUGAACCAUCUCACAUACCAGGUGUUUACCGAAGAUCGCGAUCUAUGGGAAGAAAUCCCGUCUGUCGCUGAAGGCCUUUUAAGGCGGACGACGGAGUUUAUAGCAGACCAAGGAGACAGUCCAAUGUCAUACAUUGAGGAAUUCCUUUCUUGCUAUGCUGAGAUAGCAAUACAUAUAAUUUCUAUUGAUGCAGAGCAACUAUCACAGUCUUCAGAAGAGAGGAGUGUUCAACUAGACCCUAUCUCAAGAACUUACUGGAUGCCACUUGCCUCGAUGCUCCAGCUCCGUAAAAUCCCUCUAUUCACAGCUAUGGAGCGGGAUUACGGAUCAGAGAUCAUCGAUUUGGUCGCUCAUCUUAACGACCGUGUUGCUGGACGACAGGUCAAUGGCGUAGCAGUCCUCGCCAGUUUUGUGGAAGCUAUCUCCAUUUACCUCUCGAAAUCACCUAUCCUCACCUCCCUUUUUCCAUCAGCCCUCAGCGUUACUCAUAAUAUCGUUGAUUCGUUUGUUGGCAGGAGGUUUCAGCCCACGUAUGGCCGUCCUGAUUCCACGGAAGUGAUCACGCAGGCAUAUGCACUGCUUCGGUUUUCUGAACCUGUCUACCGAUCUCUAAUCGAGAAGUCAUCAUCUUGUUUGUCCAGUGACACAAGUGAGUCAAUUCUCCGAACUAUGGGCAGUUCGUUCCGCACCCUUUGCAACUUUGACGAAGAGUUGGCGACAACUGUGGCCAGGGACCUGCAGCUCAAUGUUCCGCCGGACGUUAAUUCCCACGAAUUCGCCCACAUUGUCAGUUUAGGUUGGAAGUUUACUAUCCUAAAGGAACAUAUUAUGAGUGGGCGUAUGGAAUUGCGUGUCUACGGAAUGGAGUCCAUACAGGGUGACCUGGUGAAUUUCUGGUCACAACAUAUUCAAAAUGUACCAGGAGCCCUUAACCAUGUGACAACCAAAUACCUUGUCAACUUUCUGAGAGAAAAUAAAAUUGUGGACUAUGUUGUUGGUGUCGAGUCGCACCCUCAGCUAAUCAGUCGAGGAAGCAAUAUUGUGGGUUUCCUCGUCGUGACUUCAACAUAUACCAAUGAAGACACGGAUAUAAUAUGGAAGACCGUCAGCGAGAGCCAUGACCCCAGAACCGUCUCUGAAGUGCUUGCCAUGCUAUCGUCAACCUUUAGCAUGCAUCAUGAGUCCGAGCCGCUUAUUUAUAUCUGCAAUAAGCUAAUUGAACUACCACUGCAACGCUUCGACGUUCGUAUGAUCGAGUUCUGUGAUCUAUUGUUGAACUCGGUACGAAGUAAACACGGCGAAUCCAUGCGCCACCAUGAUCUCGGCCACUACCCACAUGUCGACAUCAUGCCAGUGCGCCUAUGUGUCAGGCUGAUUCGAGGGGCUGUAUCUGCUGAGGAACUCCCCCUUGAACAACGGUCUCAAGUCCAGCGAUUUGCAAGUAAACAACUCUCCCAGUUCGUCAGCCUAGGCAUUAGUGAAACAGAUAAGACAGAACUUUAUCAGCAAUGCAUCCAGGAUGUUUCUGAUAUGAAUGAGUUUGCUGUUGGGAGUAUCCAUGCUCUUAAUGCCUUGAUCCCAGCUUUCGAUACCCAGGAUAUUCGACGCCUAGCUCUGGACCUCGACUUCACCCGCCUUAUCAUCACUGAGCUUGCGCACGCCGCUACCACACCCACAGAUGAUGCGGAAGACGAAUAUUUAUGCAACACGAUCGUCCCACGACUGAACUUAGUUCAUCGCAUUAUCGACAGAGUGCCAGAGACGAUUACCCCUGAGCUCAGUGAUGUUCUGUGGGAUAAAGUCUUCACCUCGAAGGUGAUAAGUGAGCAAAACCGAAAUUAUAUGUGGGAGAUACUGUCUAAAUCUGCAUCGCGGUGCAUAAAGCGGAACUCAUUUUUGGAGAGCUUUAUGAACGACUAUCUUCCCCGUAUCCCACCGGAGGAUAUCACUGAGUCGGUACUCUCAUUUGCAAAACAAGCGAUGAAUUACGAUGUUAAAUUCCACCAUCAGCCUGUCUCUAAUGAUGGAGACAUCAUUACUAUCCCCGGAAUGGAUAGGAUUUGGCGCUUUAUCCUCACUGCUCCUAACCCAUCCAUCGGUAUCAAUGCCAUCAACUUUGCCAUCGACACAUACCUAGACCACGUCUUGAUCAAAGGAAGUAGCCCGUCAUCCGCAGAGGCCACACACGUAUCCCUCGUCGAUCGCUGUGUAGCGCAACUAGCUGCUGCAGCCACGCGGCUAAAAACGUUCAUUGAUGGAACUACAAGUGGCGAAGAUGAACCCAUGGUCAUAGUGCCUUCUGACAAUGAAGUUCAAGCAGAAGAAUUGCGAUUUGCACGUUCCCUCCUUUUCCUCCGCCAACUCCUCCAGGGUCUCCGCACACGACCACAGUACACUCCUCCCCAGGGUUCGCCGCCCUAUAUACCUCUCAAGCCCGAACCAGUGAAAGGAGAGUCAAUUGAUAUAUCAUACCAGGCAUUCAGUAUGGGAUCUCAGACCCGUAUCCGCACUUUCACUAUCGGUGAUUUAUCAACUGCUUCUGAACUUGCGGAUAAAAUAGCUCUUCUUACAGGCUUUUCGAAAUUCACCACCAUCAGUGGCGGACAGAGGUUAGAUCUACGUGGUGGAAACGCCAACCAGACAAUACGUGAUUUAAAACUUGCAACUGCGGGUCUACUUAUUGUCAGGAAAGACUCUGAUGCUUAUGAGCUUUCGUUUGGUGGGAGACGCCAGAGCUUGACGCUGGUAGAUUCAGAGCUAUUGAAACAUUUUGAUGAUCUCUAUGAUUUAUUGAGUUUGGACGAGAGAUUUUCAAAGGAGUUGAACCGCGAUCUAGGCUUCAUAUCGCACGUAAUUAAGAAUAUUGACGCAAUCCUGAUGCGAGAAGGGAUGUCUGAAAUUCUACGUGAAAAUACCCUGAAACUUACCAUUGCGUGUAGCUUCGUGGAUUGCCUCCUAGUUUCUUUAAAAGCGUUAGCAAAAUCAAUGCCAGAUUCAUCACAGCAUCUCUUUACGAAGCCGUCGGGUUUAAUAUCUCUACUCCUUGCUUUACUCUCCCUGAACCCCAAUGAUUUGUCCAUCCCACUGGAUGAAUCGACGUUGCAACGUCUUAUAUCUGGUUCCUUCGCUACGCUCAUUGAGGCCUCUAUGAAUGACGACCACGUAUGGUUCGCGUUAAAAGAUUACAAUCAAAUGCCAGAUCUUAUUUCCAGUCUACUGCUUUCUGAGCCCCGACCUGGUAUUCGCAAAGACAUAGCCGAAAUCAUCUUCAACCUCUGUGGAACAUCACCACUGCAGAAGAAUUACUGGUCAAACAAAGUUUCAAAGGAUGCCAUUCCCACUGGCAACCUUGCAACAGCCACAGGUGCAGAUAUGGUUGAAACAUUCUGGGAAUCGAUUUCCGCACUAUUACCACGGACGGUAGAACAUGCUCAGUUGUCACAGGAGUUCUUCGAGGUAGCUUUGGUCACAUUCCACACCGUUGCUAUGUUGCCCACAACAGAGAUGCCUUAUACUGAAUAUGUGCGGGACUGGGGUAAUAUUCUUUUGAGCCAUAAUGGCAAGGAGUUCGUUGGACGUGAGCGUGUGGACUACAUUAUCCUUGGGUUCGCUUACCUGCUGAAAAUGUGUCUUGAGCUUGCCAUCUCAGAGAACAUAAAUGCAGGUACAGGCCGCCUUAUGGAGAGUUUGUUUACUACAUUCCUAUUCCCCAAUCUAUCUGAUAUGCAGGUUGAAAGGAUCAAGCCAAGCAUACCUGUGAUGAACCCUACAACUCGCCAGGAGAUUUAUAGUAUCAUCCUCCUACUUUGCCGAGAUACAAAUAACUGUGCACAGAUGCUUGAGCUGCUAGAAGAAGUAAUUCCCUUCGACUAUACAUAUGAUCCUACCUGGAUAUUUGACCGUUCUAAAACAAUACGUUCCAGCGAAGGAUAUGCAGGCCUCCGCAACUUGUCGAACACAUGUUAUCUCAAUUCUCUAUUCACCCAGCUAUUCAUGAAUCUUGAUUUCCGGAAAUUUAUCCUAGAUGUCGAAACCUCAGAAGAUGAUCCGGCCCAGUCACUUUUGGCCGAAACUAAAAAGGUGUUCGCAUAUCUUCAAGACACAUGGCAGAAGAGCGUUGAUCCUCAAAAUGCAGUAGAUACAAUUCGAACAUAUGACAAUGAGCCGAUCGACAUCAACAUUCAAAUGGAUGUUGAUGAGUUUUAUAAUCUCUUAUUUGAUCGGUGGGAAGGCCAAAUACGUUCUGCCGAUGAUAGGAAACGGUUUCGAUCAUUCUAUGGAGGCCAGCUUGUGCAACAGAUCAAGUCAAAGGAGUGUGAGCACAUUUCUGAGCGCCUGGAGCCUUUUUCCGCAAUCCAAUGCGAUAUCAAAGGGAAACCUGGCCUUGAAGAUAGUCUCAGGGCAUAUGUGGAAGGGGAAAUAAUGCAAGGAGACAACAAGUAUUCUUGUACCUCUUGUGGGAAACAUGUUGAUGCUGUUAAAAGGGCAUGCCUGAAAGAUAUACCCGACAAUCUCAUAUUCCAUUUGAAAAGGUUUGACUUUGACGUCAUAUCUAUGAUGAGAAGCAAAAUCAACGAUGAGUUCCACUUUCCGGAACGCAUAGAUAUGACUCCUUUCACAAUCGACUAUCUCAGUAACCCUGAUGCACCAAUUGAACCGGAUAUGUUUGAGCUUGUUGGGGUACUUGUUCACAGUGGCACAGCUGAGUCAGGGCACUACUAUUCCUAUAUCAAGGAGCGACCAUCAGUAGGACCCAAUAAUUCGUGGGUGGAAUUCAACGAUUCAGACGUGACUAGAUUUGACCCUGCCAAAAUCCCAGAUCAGUGCUUCGGUGGAACAAGUGAUAGCAUGCACACUUUGAGUCAUGUCCGCUUUGGCUGUAAGCGGGUGUCAAGCAUGGAAAAUGCACGAUCAGUAUAUCAAGAUUCCAUUGGCGAUGCUCCAGUCAGCAUUCCCCUACCACUGGAACUUGGAAACCACAUCUCCAUGGAAAAUGAACUGUUUAUUCGGAUAUACUGCCUUUUGGAUCCCAACCACGCACGUUUCGUCGUCAGCCUCUUUGACCGAGCGCGAGAGAUUAGCAAAACAGAAAGCUCUCUAAUAGCCGCAAAGGUUCAAAAAAUGUCAAUACAUGUGGCUUUGGAUACCCUGGAGCAACUCAUUGCAAGAUCCAAAGACUUGCCAGAAGUUGAGCCGCUUCUUAUGGACAUAAAAAAAGCAAUCGACGAAAGCCCUCGGGCCGCAUACUGGCUCUUGCAGUGGACUGGUAAACGACCAUUGCCUAUGAGAAACCUCCUCGCGAAAAGUCCCAAUAGCGUGGUCCGCGUUGGGUUUUUGAAGCUUCUGGUCGCAUCCUUAGGUCGACUCCAAGAUCGAUUAGCCGAUGCAGACGCUGACAGAGCACUUCAGAGCGAAUACAACCAGGAGUACAUGGAUAUGCUCGACAAAAUUGUGGAAAGCUUGGUAGUUUUGUGGAGUACUCUUCAUUUUUACUCUCGCGCCUGGGAUGAUUACUUCGAAUUACUUGUCGAAAUUGCCAACCUAGGGCCAUACGAAGUCGAAACACUGUUAGAGCAUGGCUUCCUUCUUCGAUGCUUAGAGAUGGUAUGGCUAGACCGCCAUGAUACCAGGAGGCUAAAGGAUGCUUAUCCAGGCUAUAUCCGUUUGAUUGAAAAAGGCCGGAAAUUCUCCCAUUUCAAACUCACCGAACUUCUUGCCAUCUUCCUCGAAAAUAUCGAUCUAGAGGUUGCCCCGGUGCAAGAUGAUCAGCCACGGCGAGGUGAUGAUGGAAAACUAGCCCUUUCUUAUGCAGAAAGUGACCUUGUCUUAGCACUGGGUGAAAAGAGAGAACUUGUCCUCCUAAAGAAGGUGAUAGAGCAGCAAGAAAAUAUUGAUGCUAGCCGGAAAAUCUUCACCAUCUUCCUAAGCUUUACUCCGACAAUUGAUGGAUUGAUGGAUAGUAUAGUCCACAUGCUGGAAGAAGGUCUAGCGGUUGAGCCAGCCUCACUUGCCAGCCCUUUUCUCGAAAUAACACUACUCUUCUGCGGCAUGGUUCCUGACAUCGACCGUGUUCGAAGCCUCAUUGAGUUUGCUACGAAAUCAGUGGAUUCUAUAAAUGAAGCUGGUGGCCGUGAUCAUGUCACGUUCAUUCAAACGAUUGCAACCCUCAACAAUGGGGCAAUUCUAGAGAAGGAUGAAAACUUUUUCCUAUCGCUCGUGUUAGAGAUGGCACCCUACUGGGCUCCGACCUUACUCCAUUACGAUGACCGAUUAGUCCGAGAUUCUGCCUACGAAUAUCUGCAGGAAAUCCUGUUCUCGAAAGACCUCGAGGAUGCCGCGGAGACUACUCGACAGUUCUAUCAGCGCACAGGUCGCCGAUUGGGACAAGCUUGCGUUGACAAGUUGCGGACUACAUACCUCACUUCUUCAAAUACCCAGACCGUUGUCGAUGCAUCAACCGUUGAAAUAAUUCAAUAUGUCAUUAAACUAUGCAUGGAAAAAUAUUUUGAUGAGGAAAACAUCGAAGGAGAUAGGGCUAUCAUUGAGCGGGCAGGAGAUACUUGGGAAGAUAAUUCUGUGAUUGCCAGCGACUCGGAAAUUGGCCUGGCUACUUCGCCAUAA